AUGGAACACCUCUUGUCCUUUAAAUGGCUUCUUGUCAUCUUUAUCAUAUACUCAACCUGUCUCACUGAAACACAAUCACUCACCAGCAUUCCAAGGUUGAGUGUGACUCGGAGCCGAAAAACAUCGAUAUACGACACUGCAGCACUGGCUGAAACCGAAGAAGUCAAAACAUUUUAUUACAAUCAGACACUGGAUCACUUCAACUAUAGGCCUGAAAGCUACUCAACAUUUCAACAAAAGUAUAUGAUGAAUUCUAAGUACUGGGGCGGCGCCAAAACUAGCGCUCCCAUAUUUGCCUACUUGGGUGCAGAGGAAGCAAUAGAUGCCUCCGUUGUUAAUCAAGGAUUUUUGAACGAUAAUGCUGCUUCCUUUCGUGCUCUCUUAGUACACAUAGAGCACCGUUACUACGGGGAUUCAAUUCCAUUUGGAUCUAAAAAAGAAGCAUUUGAAAAUGCCAGCACUUAUGGGUAUUUAAACUCAGCUCAAGCUCUUGCUGAUUAUGCGGAAGUCCUCGUACAUAUAAAGAACACAUUAAAGGCCCAAGAGUCUCCGGUCAUUGUAAUUGGAGGCUCAUACGGUGGAAUGCUCGCUGCAUGGUUUAGGCUCAAAUAUCCCCAUUUGGCCCUUGGUGCCCUAGCCUCGUCAGCUCCUCUCCUCGAAUUUUAUGAUAUUAGACCACAAGAUAAUUAUUACGCUGUUGUCACGAAGGAUUUUCGAGAAACCAGUGAGACUUGCUAUGAAACUAUACUGAAAUCCUGGUCUGAAAUCGACAGAGUAGCUUCUCAGCCAAAUGGUCUUUCCAUUCUUAGCAAGAGAUUCAACACUUGCAGUCCCUUAACUGACGCUGAAGGCUUGAAAGGCUCCCUGCAAAUGAUGUAUUCAUAUGCGGCUCAAUACGAUUACAAUACUUAUCCGACAACACAAGUUGCUCAGAUCUGUGGUGCCAUUGAUGGAGCUUCUUUUGGAAAUGAUAUCCUCAGUAAGAUAUCUGCAGGUGCACAAGCCGCUAAAGGGGAAAACAACUGUGUAAGCAACGUUAAUGACGUUGAACCAUCCUCGGAUUCAGUUGAUUUUGACAACUGGGGAUGGCAGACAUGUAAUGAGAUGGUAAUGCCUAUUGGCAUCGGAAAUAAUACCAUGUUCCCACCUAACCCCUUCAACAUAGAGGGCUUUGUCGACCAAUGCAAGAGAAACUAUGGUGUCUCACCUCGGCCUCAUUGGGUUACAACUUACUAUGGAGGUCAUGAUAUAAAACGGGUCCUUCAAAGAUUUGGUAGCAACAUUAUUUUCUCAAAUGGGCUAAGAGAUCCUUAUAGUAGUGGCGGGGUUUUGGACAACUUAUCAGACAGUCUUAUAGCCAGUCAUACUGUUAAUGGAUCUCAUUGCUUGGAUCUUUCUCCUGCAAAUGAAAACGAUCCUGUCUGGUUGGUCAGACAACGAAAGGAAGAGAUCGAGAUAAUCAACUCGUGGAUCACACAAUAUUAUGCUGAUCUUAGCAUGUUGUCCCGCAGAGACGCUUCCACCAAUCUCAAUAUGCUUCAACUUGUGUGCGACCAUGAUCUUUAUGAUGAUGAUGUGGACAUCGAUCUGAGCAUCCUUGCUGAAUGUUUUAUUGGGAAUCUACCUCAACUCUCUGCUGGUCGCUCCCUCACCACCCUCCACUUGGCAUACUUAGCAACUGACAGCGCAAUGUUUGAUUCUGUUUCCCCACAACACUUGCAUCCUUUUCAAUGCGAGUUCAAGUAUAGGGUCGAGGAGAAUGAUCCUUUCAGCGGUUGUCCCAGUUUAAGCUAUAGUGACAACUGUUAUCUUUAUGAUUUUUCCAUUAAGGGGAAGGAGAACCUUCCCUUUGUAGAGAGAGUCAAUAUUGAUUUGGGCGGUUUUCGGCUCCAUGAAGAAUUCACCAAGGCCACUAAUUUGUCUCUUAAGCUGAGUAAAUUGUUUGAAGCGAUGGAGAGUGCAAAGUUUUUAUCCUUAUCACCUCAAAUCAUUCAAGCUCUGUCUGUGGUUCCUGCUCUACUGGAUGGUCGGUCUACUCCUUUCACUGGAUUGAAGAAUUUGGAGUUAAUAAUGAAUAGAGGUAUCCGAUUUUCCAUACCUACCCAUGUCAUGGCCUACUUAUUCACCGUUCUUGAAUAA